UUUGGGUGUUUGUGGCGUGGCCAGUGUUUCCACAACGGCAGAGCGGAGCAGGGAGGGGGCGUUAAGGAGGAUGGGGUCCAAGAUCGCGACUUUGUAGGGCGUGUGGGAGGGUCCUGCACGGAGCCCGAUGGCGGCGCGGAGGAACCUCGCACAGGUGUUGGUGACCUUCAGGGAUGUGGCUGUGACCUUCACCCGGGAGGAGUGGAGACAGCUAGACCCAUCCCAGAGGACCCUGUUCCGGGAGGUGAUGCUGGAGACGUGUGAGCUCCUGGUCUCACUAGGGCAUUGGGUUCCGAGACCAGAAUUAGUCCAUCUGUUGAAGCAUGGGCAGGAACCAUGGACCCUGAAGAGAGGCCUUUCACAUAGCACCUGUGCAGGAGAGCCACAACAUCAGACCAGAAAGCCAACCACUUGUCUGCCAGUCACAUCUGAGGGAGGCUUGCUCCGGGGAAGCCUGACUCAGGGAUCUUCAAGGGACUCCAAGUUGGGGCAAUCUAGGGAUCAGGAAGGGCUUCUGGAAAUGCAGAAAAAGCCAGGGACAGGCUUUGGUCAGGAGACCGGUCCUGGGGAAAUGAGCCUUGAAGAUGAUGCUUUGAAGACAGACGGUCAUCUGCACUCCAGAGUGCUACAGGAGCCAGUCUUUCCAGGUGUUUUCCAUGAACAUGACCCUGGGGAACCAAGGAGAGACAUCUUGGUUCAUGCAGAGAUGAACCCCUACAAAUGCAAGCAGUGCGGCAAGGGUUUUAACAGGAAGUGGUAUCUUGUUCGACAUCAGCAAGUUCACACUGGGAUGAAGCCCUAUGAGUGCAAUGCAUGUGGGAAAGCCUUUAGCCAGAGCUCAACCCUCAUUCGCCAUUACCUCAUUCACACAGGAGAGAAACCAUACAAGUGUGUUGAGUGUGGGAAGGCCUUCAAACGCAGGUCGUACCUUGUACAGCACCAUCCAGUGCACACUGGGGAGAAGCCUUAUGAGUGCACUCAGUGUCGAAAGGCCUUCACGCACCGCUCUACUUUCAUUCGCCAUAAUAGGACCCACUCUGGAGAAAAACCCUUUGAGUGCCAAGAGUGUGAAAAAGCGUUUAGCAAUAGAGCACACCUAAUUCAGCACUAUAUCAUCCACACUGGAGAGAAGCCCUAUGACUGUGUGGAAUGUGGAAAAGCCUUCCGAUGCAGCUCAGAACUCAUGCAGCACCAGAGGAUUCACACCGGGGAGAAGCCCUAUGAAUGCACCCAGUGUGGGAAAGCCUUUCACCGAAGCACAUGCCUCAUUCAGCACUCUGUCAUCCAUACCGGAGAGAUGCCGUACAAGUGCAUCGAGUGUGGGAAGGCCUUCAAACGCAGGUCCCACCUCCUGCAGCACCAGCGGGUCCAUACCGAGAAACCUGGCAGUGCAGAGAAUCUAGAAAGGCCUUCACACACUGCCCCACAUCUGUCAGAGUGGAAGAAAAUGCGCCUCCCAGCAGCCAACAUCCGGCUUGUCCCUGUUGGUCCUGGCAGCUACUCCUGGGACAUCUCCGCUUGCACAGGGGUGCCUCCUGACACCACUGUUGCGAACCUCCUGGUGUCGGAUGUGGCUGAAACGCUGGCGAAAGGAUUUCCCAUGAUUGUCACACUCUUAAGACAUUUCUCUAGUGUGAAUUCUUCGAUGUUUGACAAGGCUGGAGCUGUGGCGAUAAAACUUCCCACACUCCCUGCACUCGUAAGGCCUCACGCCAGUGUGAACCCUUUGAUGUUUAACAAGGCUGGAGUUCUCGCUGAAGAAUCUCCCACAUUCAUUGCACUUAAAAGGCUUUUCUCCAGUGUGAACCUUUCGGUGUUGGAUGAGACUGGAGCUUUGGCUAAAGAACUUCCCACAUUCACAGCACUCAAAAGGCCUUUCUCCAGUGUGGACCCUCCAGUGUUUAACGAGGCUGGACUUGUGGCUAUAAAACUUCCCACACUCACUGCACUUAUAAGGCUUUUCUCCAGUGUGAACUCUCUGAUGCUUCAUGAGGCUGGAGUUGAAGCUGAAGCACUUCCCACACUUCGGGCACUCGUAAGGCCUUGCUCCAGUGUGUAUUCUGUGAUGCUGAACGAGUGUAGAAUUGUGCCUGAAAGCUUUUCCACAUUCAUUGCAUGGUUCCUGUCCACAGUCGAGCUGCUGGUGCUGGGCGCCUCCGCAGCGUCCCCUCCAGGCCAGCGACCUGAAUACGAAGGAAUCCUGAUGACGUUGCUGGGGGACGGUAGCAAAUCUCCCUCACUCAGGGCACGGAGGGCGCAGAACUUACCUGAGCCGGGCGUCUCAACACCGCCGCCGCCGCCAUCAGAUGUUGUCUCCUCACCUCAACGUAAAACGACCCCUGGAGCAGGGGAAAUGAUGCCGCCACGGCGACGCCGGAAGGCCCGCCCAGGCACGGGAACGCCAGUUUUCAUUGGCAGAAAGACUUCGCUCACCAGCAGUACAGAUGUGACACCUCUAAGAAGCGAAACGCCGCCUUGGCCGCUGGGGGCCCGUCCCGCUUGCAGGCGUCCCCAGGCUCCGGCCCAGCUUUUCCCCCAGAGGUCGCCGGGAGGACGCGCGCGCGGCCGCGGGAACUACACUACCCAGGAGCCCCGGCGGGCGGGACCAACGCAGGCCCGGGAAGCGGGCGAGUCCCUUCCUGCGGACGACCCCGGGGCGGGACUUCCCGUGCCCGCCGCCGGCCGACAUGUCGUUGACUUCCUCGUCAUAGUCCCUUCAAGUGAGGGCUCCUCGGGGUACUGCAGCCCAGGCCCCUGUGUCCAGGACAGCGGAGAACCCCGUCGCCAGCCAGCUCGAUGGGUUGUGGAAGAACGUUACGUGUACGAAGACGUUGCCAUGAACUCAGAAGUAAUUAUGGACCCUGUCCAGGUCUUGUUUAUAUGGGGGCUCCCAUUCUUGAAAACCAUUGGACUAAAGCUGGGAGGCUGCUUCAGACGCGGGAGCCAGCAUGAGCAAUACUUGGAGGGGCAGGUGAACUUUGAGGACGUGUUCGUGCACUUCUCCCAGGAGGAAUGGGGGCUCCUGGAUGAGGCUCAGAGGCUCCUGUACCGCGAUGUGAUGCUGGAGAACUUUGCACUUACGGCCUCGCUGGGUUGUUCAUGUGGAAUAGCACAUAAGGAGACACAUUUUGAGAAUGGUGUUCCUAGAGAAGGAGUGUCACAAAUCAGGACCAGCAAGGGAGGUUUUUUGAUACAGAAUGCCCACCAUCAGACGUGUGGCCUGGCAUUGAAAGACAUUUUGCAAUUGGCUGAGCGCCAGGAAGCACACCAUGGGCAGAAACCAUACAUGAGUGUGCCAUGUGGGAGACAAUUCUGGUUUAGUGCAAACCUUCACCAGCACCAACAGCAACACCGUGGGGAGACGCCCUUUAGAAGGGACAAGAGCCAGGCCUUGCUUGAGAACAGCUGCCCUGUCCAAACAUCACAGAUGAUCUCUAUGCAAGAAGGUGGUACAGACUUCCCAACCAGCUCGAACAUUUUCCAGCACCAGCUCCCCCGCAGUGAGUGGAAGCCACGCAGUGCCUCCAAAUGUGAGGAGGGCUUCUCUAGUGGACAAAGACAUUACACAUGCAGUGAAUGUGGGAAAACCUUCAGCCGCAAAGACUCACUUGUCCAGCACCAGAGAGUUCACACUGGAGAAAGGCCUUAUCAGUGUGGUGAAUGUGGGAAAACCUUCAGCCGGAAACCCAUCCUUGCUCAGCACCAGAGAAUCCACACUGGAGAAAUGCCUUAUGAGUGUGGCAUAUGUGGAAAAGUUUUUAAUCACAGCUCUAACCUUAUUGUACAUCAGAGAGUGCACACUGGAGCAAGGCCUUACAAGUGCAAUGAAUGUGGAAAAGCCUACAGCCACAAAUCCACUCUCGUUCAGCAUGAGAGUGUCCACACUGGAGAAAGGCCUUAUGAAUGCAGUGAAUGUGGGAAAUACUUUGGUCACAAGUACAGACUCAUUAAACAUUGGAGUGUCCACACUGGAGCAAGGCCUUAUGAAUGCAUUGCAUGUGGAAAAUUCUUUAGCCAAAGUUCUGACCUUAUUGCACACCAAAGGGUUCACAAUGGUGAAAAGCCUUAUGUGUGCAGCGAAUGUGGAAAAGCUUUUAGUCAUAAGCAUGUACUUGUUCAGCACCAUCGAAUUCACACUGGAGAAAGACCAUAUAAGUGCAGUGAGUGUGGGAAGGCCUUCCGGCAAAGGGCUUCCCUUGUACGGCAUUGGAAAGUUCACACUGGAGAAAGGUCAUAGGAUAGCCAGGAAUAUGCCAUUUCCUUGUUUGACAAAAUGACUAGUACCAGAAAGGAGCUCCCACAAUAGCCUUCGUGUGUAGCCAUCUAGCCAUCAGUCAGAAGUUUAAUCUUACACCUUAACACUGCCCGCCCUGGGAGAUUUGAAUGUCGCUUGUAUAGGAAGCGUUCUAGAGCUUUCUUGUUCUUUGGAAGCUGCCCAGGACCCUCGCUGGAAUUACUUGACCAGUGCCUCUGACAGAAGUCAUUUAUCUUCAUAGUGGCAGGUUCCACUUUGUGCACAAGUCAUCCUGACAUGCUCAGAGAGGCAGGUCUCUGUCCUCUUCCCUUUCCUAGAGGAAAUCACUGGUGGUGUGGGGUCCUGGAGGACUCUCGCCCCUUCCUGCCCCACACUGGUUUAAGCAUGAGGCAGUUUAGGCCAGGAGGAUGUAUGCUUUGUUCUGUGGUCUGCUUGUAGAGAAGCCUUUGGACAUUAUUGGCUUCAUAUGGCACUUGUGAUGGGUUUUUCCAGCAUUCAGGACAUCUACCCUGAAAUUUCCUGCCUCAUAUUCUGGUUUAAAAAAAAAAAAAAGCCUUAAUUUUUAGACUGGACAUCUUGAGGAUGUUGUUUACUUUGUGGGCUAAAUUGAGAACUGAGUUGAUCUCUGCCAGCAUGAAGCAAUGAAAAGCUUUUGCCAGAGCUCUGUGUCUUGGUUUUACAGGUGAUAGUAUGAUGGCAAAGAGCUCCAAUUCUAGUGACAGUCUAAGUUACACUGCUGCUUAAACUCUCCUAGGGAAGAAUACAUUGGUAUUCUUUGUGAGCCUAUUUGUUUCGUCUAUUUGUCAAGAUAACAGGUGUGGCUGAGGUCACCCUGAAAUUGUUGUAACAACCUAGUGUGCCUGGGCGCAGCAUACAUUUAGGUCCUCUUCCCAGAGGAUACAGCUCCUUGAGGAGAACUGGGACCUGCCAGGAUCCCUGAAGUCUGUUCGGUAGGCAGCUAUCAUGGGCUGUCACCUGAAACAAUAGGUGGUACAAGGGGACUGCAACAAACUACAGGGAAAAUGACCCUCCUAAAAGUGCACCCACAUAUGUUCCAUCACUGUGGCUUUGUUAUGAGAGUUUGCAGAAAUUCUUAAGACUUCCAUACGUGUCUCUUAGAGCUAAGGUCAUUGUUAGAGUAAAUAUCAAUAGUCCUGACUUCUCCCUCAUCUUUGCCCAGACAACCAUUGAUCACUGUUACUCUAAGCUUGUCCACACUUCCUAGAAUGUUUUAUAUUAUAUAUACACACACACACAUAUGUAUAUAUGUAAUAUAUAUGGUAAUUCAGUGUGUAAUGUAUCUGGCUUCUUUAAUUAUACACUAUUGUUUUUUAUUCACCCAUGUUCUAUUUCAGAAGUUCAUUUCUUUUCAUUUGUACUUUUGCUGAAAGUAUUCCAUUGUAGAGAGCUAUAUGCAAUUCCAAAGCAAAUGUUCCAGAGAGAACUCAUACUUAAGAGCCAAACUGCAGUAUCUUUUUAUAACCUUAACCUGAAAGUAAAAUUCCACCAUUUCUGAUACAUCCUAUAGGCAUCACUGACUAAUCCUAGUAAAAGAUGGAAGCAAACUCUACAGUGGGAAAAUAUGGAUUUGUGAGUACUAUUUUGGAUGCUGAUGAGUAUAGUGAUCACGAUUAUUUUUCCUUUUUCAAUCUUUUAAUGGUGAAUUAAAUAGACUAGUUUUCAAGUAUUAAACCAACUUUGCAUUUCUGGGGUAAUCCUCAGUCAAGAUGUAUGUAUUCGUUUUCUGUAUUAUUGAGUUUAAUUUUUUAUUUUUUAAAAAGAUUUAUUUAUAUAUUUGAACAUCAGAAUUACAGUGAGAGGGAGAGACAGAGAUCUUCCAUCGACUGGUUCAUUCCCCAAGUGGCUGCAAUGGCCAGGGAAGAGCCAGGCUGAAGCCAGAAACCAGGAACUUCUAAUGGGUCUCCCUUGUGGAAGGCAGGGGCCCAAAGACUUCAGCUGUCUUCCGGCUACUCUUCCCAGGCCAUUAGCAGGGAGCUCGAUCAGAAGUGGAGCAGCCAGGACACAAAUGGGUGCCCAUGUAGGAUGCUAGCAUCACAGGCAGUGGCUUUACCUGCUUUGCCAUUAUGCCAGACCCAAUAUUACACACACUUGAUCUUAGCCAAAAGGCCGAGAAGUGAUAGCCCCAAUAUUUUUCUUUUUUCUUUUUCUUUCUUUUUUUUUUUGACAGGCAGAGUGGACAGUGAGAGAGACAGAGAGAAAGGUCUUCCUUUUUGCCGUUGGUUCACCCUCCAAUGGCCACCACGGCCGGCGCACCACACUGAUCCGAAGGCAGGAGCCAGUUGCUUCUCCUGGUCUCCCAUGGGGUGCAGGGCCCAAGGACUUGGGCCAUCCACUGCACUCCCGGGCCACAGCAGAGAGCUGACCUGGAAGAGGGGCAGCCAGGACAGAAUCCAGUGCCCCGACCGGGACUAGAACCCGGUGUGCUGGUGCCGCAAGGCGGAGG